AUUUUCCGAGGCGCAAAGGUUGGCGUUGAACUUGUGUUAUGCUGGAAUCUCGGUAAAUGGCCGACAGAUCUCCUGUAUAUCCACUCUGUUGUCAUCUCUCCAAUCUAGAAAUUGGAAAGCGCGAGAUACAAUUUCAUCUUUUCUCAUCUUUUCCUUGUGCCGCUGAUGAUUGUUUGAAGUUGGCAGAGGAUACAGUGCCAAUUUGCAAUUGAGUUUCCAGGUAGUCAGUGGCUUUUUUUUCCUUUUUUCUUUUCUAUUUUUUUUUUUUUUGGAGCAGUUGGAACAAGCUCCUCCCCCUCUUCACGUCAAGUCUCACACACCACACGCAGCUCCAACCACCGAGCGCGCGCCACUCCCAACAUACGGUACCUAUCCUACCUAGACAGUGCGAAUCAGGGGCUGAAGAAGAAGGCGAAAAAGCUUAACGUGGGUUGCACGAUUACUUGUUGCUACCGACACGAUCGCAGGUCCCUACUGUCUCCUAUCAUCGCAGCGUACCAACUGACGCUCUUCGCCUUACCAAGACCUACUAUCCCCUGAACUUGGAAGGUUGGUGGCGCGUCCUUUUAGAGGUUACUGCUCACACAAUCGGCUGCCAAGCUCCCGUCGGCACCACCCAGCAUCCCUCCCCCGGCCGGCGACACGCACCACCCACUGCUUGCUGUUACUUACCACCACCACUUCUCAGUUUCCUAGCUUUCUUCCCUCUGCGACAUUACCGGCCUCCCACUCUGUCGACAUCCGCUACCGCCGGGUCUUCUUCUUCACACACCGACGCCCAACAUGUCGAAAGUCAUUCGCAGCGUCAAGAAUGUCACCAAGGGUUAUUCCAGCGUCCAGGUCAAGGUGCGCGAAGCGACCAGCAAUGACCCAUGGGGACCGACAGGAACACAGAUGAGCGAGAUCGCUCAGUUGACGUACAAUUCGUCGACCGAGUUUUACGAAAUUAUGGACAUGCUCGACAAGCGGCUCAAUGAUAAGGGCAAGAACUGGCGACACGUGCUCAAGGCGCUCAAGGUUAUGGACUAUUGCCUGCACGAGGGCUCCGAGCUGGUUGUGACGUGGGCCAAGCAGAAUAUCUUUAUCAUCAAGACGCUGCGCGAGUUUAUCUACAUUGAUGAGGAGGGCAAGGAUGUAGGAGCGAAUGUUCGCAUUGCCGCAAAGGAGCUGUCUGCGCUGAUCGCUGACGAGGAGAGACUGAGAGCCGAGCGAGCCGAUAGGAGGAUCUGGAAGUCUCGUGUCAAUGGCCUCGAGGAAUACGCCCCCCAGCAGAGCAGGGAAGAGCGGCAACCCCGCCGCGAGCGACGACAGCCGACCGAUGAGGAGGACACCGAGUACAGGCUGGCGAUCGAGGCCAGCAAGGCCCAAGAGGAGGAGGAUAGGAAAAAGCGCGAGAGCCGGAACGUGGAUGAGGACGAUGACGAUCUGGCCAAGGCGAUCAAGCUCAGCAAGGAGGAAGAGGAAAGACGGCGACGGGAACUGGAGUCGACCAAUGCUGCCGCUCUGUUUGAUGACGCACCGACGCCAACGGCUCAGCCUCAGUUCACCGGGUUCAACCAGGGCUAUCAGCAGGGGAGCGCGGUUGACUUUUUUGCCAACCCGAUUGAUCAAAGCCAGAUGCAGAUGCAGCCAACGGGCUAUGUACAGAACGCGUUUACCGGGUACGGGGUUCAGCAGCCGCAGCCAACUGGCUAUCAGAAUGGCUUCCAGAACGGGUUUGGCCAGCAGCCAAAUGCUUUUGACCCGUACGGUCAACAACAGCAGCAACAGCAGGCUUUCCAGCCCCAGCCGACGGGUUACAACCCUUACCUUCAGCAGCAACAGCAGCAGCCGUUCCAGCAGCAGCAAACAUCCCAGCAGUUCCUGACACCACAGGUUCAAGAGAACACUCUCCAACCAGGUAGCAAUAACCCCUGGGCCAGCAACCACAGCACCGGUCUUCAGGCCAUGAAGCCCACGCCCACAGGUUCAAACAACCCCUUUGCCCAGCGACCAUCCUCCGCAUUCAAGGCCACCUCCUCGCUGGGUAGCCUCCCAGAGCAAAAGACGCUCUCAACCUUUAGCUCCUUCACAUCGCAGCCAGCAUCGCAGUCCCAGCCUCAGUUCCAGUCUCAGCCCUCGUUCCAACUGCAGCCACCUCAGCAGCAGCAGCAGCAGCAGCCCCAGAGGGAGAUGACGGAGCACGAGGCGAGACUGAACGCGCUAUUGAGUACGGGCGAGGGUUUGGAUACGUUUGGUAACACGGGUAACCUGAGGAUUCCGGCGCAGCAUACGGCUCCGGGGGUGUUUGUUAACAGUGCGGGGGCUGGGUUGGGAAGGAUGACGGCUGAUCAGACGGGGAGUAAUCCGUUCUUGAGGCAGCAGUUCACGGGGAUGCCGACGGUUAGUUAUGGUGGUGGGGGACAGCAGCAGCAGACGGGGCCUGGGGCGUUUGGUGGGGUGGGGGGAGGGGCGAACAACCCUUUUGCGCAGAGGAGUGGAGGACAGCAACAGCAGCAGGGGGAUUUGAUUCAGUUUUAAGGGUGGUGAAGAGGGGGUAGAAGGGAAAGAAUGAAGAGUCUGAAGAGUGAGGAUGAUGAGAGAGAAGCAAGGGGAGGGUGGAGUAAUUGGGGUGGGGGGCGGUUGAGUAUAGUUUCGAUGGGGACGGUAUUUGUUAGGUUGGUUUUGGUGGGUUUGAGGGAACAGAAAAGAGGAGUGGGAAAGGGGUAGGGUAGGGGUUGGAAGAAAGAAGUUUGAGAGUUGUGGAUGUUUGAUGUGGAUGUUGACGUGGUGAAGUGGUGGUGGUGGUGAUGGUGGUGAUGGGUGGAUUGAUUUACUUAGGCAACCUAUUUUUUUUGUCCUUUUCUUUUUCUUCUUCUUCUAUCAUUCGGAACAUUGAGCUUCAGAUUUUGAGUGUUUGUGUGAUACAAAUGGUGGUGUUUUUGUGUCUUGUGUGAAG